UGGCGCGCACCGCCGCGGGUAACGCUGGGUCGAGGGCGAGCGGCGUAUCGACCGAGGGGGCGGGAUGGAGGGCGCAGCCGCGACAGUGCCGCCACAGCGGCCAGGGCCAAAGGCUAUGCGCGGCAUAGCCCGCUUCUGUAUCAACACGUUCAGAGUGUUCUACGCGAGGGCCGCGUUCGCGAGGCCCGCGCCCGUUCCUCUACCCUCGUCCAGCCCGACCACCGCCGCCGCCGCCGCCACCGCCACCUUCUCCCAUCGUCAGCAUCGUCCUCUGGCCGAGGAGGAAGCGUCAUUCGAGGCGAUGGGCAACCUGCAGAGCGACGCGAGGAGGAGAGGGAGGAAGGGUAAAGGUGGUGCGAGCACCGCGUCGUCGGAGGAUGGCCUGGAGGACGUGGAGGCCGAGGAUGGUGGCGGAGAAGCGGAGGAGGAGACGGUUGGAAGGAAGCAGGAGCAGGAGGGAUCUAGGCAGGCGGGGGUCUGCGUGGAGAAGCGGCUGACCCAGAAGAGGCAAGCUCCGAAACCGCCUGCCUCCGCCGCGGAGAGGAAGGUCAGCCCUCAGGACAUCAGGCAGGAUUCUCCCUCGGAAAAGAGUUGUACGCGGGAGGAGAGAUCGAUCGGGAUCGAGAAGGUGGGUGGAAGGGACGAGGACGAACCUGGAGAGGCCUCUACGAAGGAUGAUGCGAGGACGAAGGAGGGAACGGCGAGCACGGAUCAGAAGCAAGAGCCCACGCUUCUGGUCACGGAUUCGUGGCGGUUGGCCAACAAGUGCAUGGUCGUUGCUGAGCUGUCGAUGCCACCGAGUCAGGAAUCGUCGAGCGACAGUGUGUUCACAGAUCCCGAGGAAUUGGCCGCGAUUGCAGCGAAAGAGGAAGCUGCAAAGACGCCGUCGAUCAAGGCGAAAAAUCAACAGAGAGUCGGACCCUCUUCCGUAUCCCCGCUUUUCGAGAGACGAAUCGUUGGCACGUUGAUCUCGGCCCUCCCGGACCAAUUGAAGUCGAUACUCACGGAUGCCGAAGUCGAGCAAUUCGCGUCCAGAAUAUAUUCCAGCCUCGUCUCGGACGGUAUCAUCGGAUCGAUCACAAUCGAUGGCGUCGCCCGGAACAAGGAUUUCGCGGAAGAUUCGUGCGAGUACGGGGACACGCCAUCCGUAUCCCUCGGUUUAACUUCCGACCAGGUUUCCGGCAACGGGCGACGCGACUCCGAGAAGGAGUUAUUGAAACAGGAACUCGAACGGUUACGAGAGUUCGCCAAAAAUGCGGGAAGGAGUACUCAAGGUAAAUCCACACAAACGUCCCCGUCGGCCACACUUCCAGAGCCACCAACUUCAACCCCCCACGAUGCCAACUCACGAGACCGGCUCGACCGUUGCCCGAGCGCCGCCUCCAAGGACCCGACCACCGCAACUCGAGGACCACCGCUCGGCCGAUUGUCCUUCACCCUGCCCCCCUCGCCCCUGCCCCAACUCGCCUCUCCCCCGCCGCCCCCUCCGCCACCGCCUCCGCCUCCCCCGCCGCCCCCGCCCUCGCCCUUCCUAGACUACCGCUCCCUCAACAAACCCGCCUCCCCACCGCCCUUCUCCAUCCCGCCCCCGCCUCCCCUCCCAACUCAGUCCCUCCCCUCGCAACGAACGCCCGCCGCCCCCUUAUCCUUAUCCUCCACCUCCACCGCCUCCACCACCGCCGCGGUCCCCCCGCCCCCGCCUCCACCUCCCUUACCGCCGCCAACCUUCCACCCCAUCACACAGCCGUCGCACGCCGCCCCCACCGUCCCACCGCCCCCGCCCCCUCCGCCACCCUCGCCCGCGCCCUCCGCCCAAAGGUACCCCGUGCCGUACCCCCCGGUCGCCCCUCCGCCUCCCCCAACCCAGACGCCCUGCCUCGCCUCCCCGAUUCCACCGCCCCCCCCCCCCCCGCCCCUCCCGCCCCCGCCCCCUCCCUCCUCCUCGUCCUCGUCCACCACGAUCGGCGGAGGACUGCGCGCGGCGUCGCCUCCGCCGCCGCCACCCCCGCCUCCGCCUCCGCCGCCACCGCCUCAAGCCACGGCCGCAACCGGGGUGGGCCCCCCGCCUCCGCCUCCGCCGCCACCGACGCCCAUGAUCGGCGUGCCGCCGCCCCCGCCGCCUCCACCGCCGCCCGUUUUCGCCGGCGGGCAGCAGCAGCAGCAGCAGCAGCAGCCUCCGCCCCCACCGCCUCCGCCCCCGCCGUGCCUCGGUGGGCCGCCGCCGCCCCCGCCGCCCCCGCCAGGGGCGGCGAGUCAGGGAUCGUCGCAAGGACCGAGUCCUUUGCCCGCACCUCCGCACGGAGGUUGGAACCCGGCUAGCAGAGCGUGUAUGAGGAAGGAGCCGCUCUGCCCCGAGGUCCCUAUGAAACCGCUCUACUGGACGAGGAUUUUGGUGCCUGUAGUACCGACAGAGCGUGGUGGCUCCACCGAUGUUACGGAUUCGCACGUGCACAUCCCGCUGUGGGCGGAGCUAGAGGAAGAGAAAAACUUGGACAUGAAAGAGUUCGCCGGCCUUUUCUCGCGUCAGGUAACCGCGUCAAGAAAGCCGGUGAAAAGAACGGACGAGGCCACGAGGCCGUCUAAGGUGCAGCCUGCCAAGAUCCUCGACUCGAAACGGUCUAAGACGGUCGGUAUAUUGGAGAAGAGUUUGCGCGUAGAUUUUUGCGAGGUCGAGAACGCCGUUUACAAUUUGGACACCAGCGUGAUCAAUUUGGAGGCGCUGCAGCAGAUAUACGAGAUCAGGCCAACGAAGAAAGAAUUGGAGGAUAUAAAAGCUUUCGAGGCCGCGAAUCCCGACGUUCCCCUCGAUCAACCGGAGGUUUUCCUCAAGAGGCUAGCCGAUAUCAAUCAUUUCACGGAGAGGAUAGCGUGUUUGAUGUUCCAGGCCGAGUUCCAGGACGCUAUCUCGAACGUCUCGUCGAAAUUGACGAAUCUUCGUAGCACCUGCGACUUCUUGCGAAACUCGAGCUCCCUGAAGAAGGUGAUGGCGUUGAUCCUCACGUUCGGCAAUUACAUGAACGGGGGGAACAGGACGCGGGGGCAGGCGGACGGCUUCGGCCUCGAGAUUCUGGGCAGAUUGAAGGAUGUCAAGUCGAACGUGGCGGGUGUCACGUUGCUCCAUUACAUAGUUAGGGCGAGAUUGGCGCAGGAGAAGGAUCACAAUUUCGACGAGCCGUUACCCCUCCCGAUUCCAGAACCGGCCGACAUGGAGGCGGCUUCCACUAUAAAUUUUGAAAACCUAUCCGCCGAGUUGGACAGGCUGAAGAACGAGCUCGAAGGUUGCGUCGAGAAGUGUAACGCCGUGGUCGAGGCGGAUCCUGAUUCGUCAGCGCCGUUCAAAGAGAAAAUGGACGCGUUUUUCCGCGAGGCGAGGGCAGAGCUGGCCAACGAGCAGCAGGCACUGCUCGAGGCUAGGGGAAAAUUCAAGGCUGUGAUGCAGUUCUACCAAUACAAGCCGAAAGGAACGAAUCUCGACGCGGCCGAUCCAAACGCGUUCUUCGCCCUUUGGCUGGGUUUCUGUCAAGAUUUCAAGGAUAUCUGGAAGAAGGAGCAGCAACGAAUAAAGAAGGAACGGAUGGAGGAGAUGAAAAAGAAGUACGAGAACAAGACGAAGGUGGAGAAGUUGAAAUUGAGCGCAACGGGAUUGAAGGCACGGCUUCAAAAAUUGUCGCGAAAGUAAAAAAGGAAAAGGAAGAAAGAAAGAAAAUAUAUAUAUAUAUGUACACGCGUAAGUGAAAAGAAAAAAGAGUAUUUCGAUCUUGGAUAUUGUGGAUUGGAAAUCGACAACGCGGUUCCAAUUUAAUCGGAACGGUGUUCGAGUGAGGAUUGGUUGGUAUACCACGCUACGCUACACGUAUACACCUGUAUACGUAUACGAGGGCAAUUUCUUUGGAUCGAUCGUCCGUUCCGUUCGAUCCGUCCUAUUAUUAUUAUUAUUAUUAUUAUUAUUAUCAUUAUUAUUCUUCUACGGCACUAAAGUUUCAUCGAAUUCGAAUCGAAUAACGAUUAUUGAUUACGCUGAUAGAUAAGAAUCGAUACGAGAGAAUCCGAAUUGUAAUAUUGUAAAUAAGGCUUGUUGUUAAGUUUGCGUAUAUAAUUUGUUAUAAUUUGUAAAUACGAUUGUUCCGCGAAUGAAAUAUUCGGAUAAUUAUAAUAAACGUUACUUUUUACAUGAA